GCUUUCACCUGUUAGUGUUGCCGCCUGUCACCUCGUGUUGCCUCGUACAUGUCCCGCUCUUGAUGUUCGCCUAUCGGUAGUUGGGAACAAUAGCCGCUGAUACUACCACGCACCUGUUUGCCAGGGCUAACCUAUGGUAUUUGCUAGUUUUACAGCGCAGUCAUCACCCACGGACCUGUGCCAGCCUCUCUCCGUCUCCGUUUCCGCCCAGUCUAGUCCUGGAUUUAAUUCUGCAAGAAACUAUUGAAUCGAUUUCAUUCAUCAUUACGCUGCCCAAUUAUCCAUUCCGUCAGUGAAAUUCAUCGUUUAUCAGUACAGUGAUCGCUGAACUUUUGAAUGCAACGCAACCACGUGGACUCGUAGCGACGUAAAAAAACCCCAGCUACAGCUGAGUGAUUUUGGAGUGACUGCUGCUGCUAGGUACACUGAUCUCCGGAUGAAUCAGUGUGCUAUUGCUUAGCAGUACUGCUUCUGUACGACUGUGGAACUGUAUUUGGUAGUAGUUUGAAGUAGUGAUAGUGAGACCAGGCAGUAUCAGCAGGCAGUGUACAGGUACUGUGCUAGCAGUCUAGCAGAUCAAGGUGAUUUCCUUAGUUCCGGCAAGCCCAGAAGCCGUUGGCGCAUAUGAUCUAAUGCCGCUACGCUGUUCUUCGCAGAAUUGCAUCCCUGCCCUCUUUAGUUCCUUCAAGGAUGAGUGCAAUAUCAGCUAUCAUCCAGGAGACCGAAGACACUCUCCACAGAGCCAAGUCACUCCUCAAGCAACCUGACCAGUCACACUCCAGGAGCCAUCAUCGCACGGAAAGGAACGUGGCAAGUCGGAGACAGACACAAGGAAAGCCCUCAUACUUGAGCCACAGUGCCACUGACUCUGGGACUGUAACUGAAUCCAUAGUACACGGUGGCAGAACUUCACACGAUGCUGAUUAUGCUCUGGAAAGAGAUCAGUUGAGUGACGGCUAUGGAACACAGCCCACUACCGGGAUUGUCAGCAGCGAUGACUCGUCACCCCAGUCUACAUCACAGCAUAUCGACCUGAGCAGGCACUAUGAGAACGGACUGCCGCAUGUUGCGGUGCACCCGUCAGCCAACCUUGCACCCGGCAUGCCACACACUAUGGACGGUGGCGAGGUGGAUGACCUCAGGCACAAGGUGCUCAAACUGGAGCAUCUCGCAGAGCAGCAAUCACUGGAGCUACAGCAUUCCUACAAAGCAAUGGCAGCCAUGCAGGGACAGCUGACCACGCAGAGACAGAGCAUAGCUGAUUUGCAGAAUGAGCUCCUGCCACUCCUAUCAGGGGACCGUACGGCCGUGACAAGACCAUCAGACUCUGUUUGGGUAGAUUUGCAGAAAAACAUCAACCAGCUUCAGCAGGACGUCUUCACUCACAUCGCAAGUAGGAGGCAGGAUGAAGAGCAGAGAAAGCGACAGCUUGACAGCAUUACGCAGCAGGUCCAGUGGACGAAAGACACCGCACGCCAUGAUCACAUGAAAGCAAUGAAGGAAAUCCAGGCACUUCAGCUGGUGCUAGACCGUCAUGAAGCACAGCUCGGCACACAGUCGCAGGAAAGCAAGACGGCCACCUUACAAAUGAACACCAUGCAGCGAGCAAUACAGCAUAGCGAACAGGCACUGCAGUCAUCGCGUGCUGAUCUUCUGGAGCAAAUGACGACGAUCAGGAUCGGUCUCAACACCAUAUCCACCACGCUGGUCAACUCGGAUAACUUGAGAAAUGCUGCUGCUGCUGUGCCUCUCCAGUCACAAGCUAGUGCUCCGCGUGAUACUACGCGCCACAGCUCCACGUCAACUAGAUCAAUUGACCACCAAUCGCAUGAAGCAAGAGCCGGGUCACGGCAUGCACUGUCAGCUGGCAAACUCGCCCGACACAAACACGCCAAGAAACCGAAGCCACCGCCGGCUGGCUUUGGGCAGAGCAGUGGAGUCGGCGGAAGUGCCUUGACCACUGGCAAGCACACCACCUUACAUGGUUCUAUGCUGAGCGCUUCCUUGUCUCCAGACACUGUCAGUGAGAGUAGCUUGUCGACGUUUCCAACGCAGCGCCAAGCGGGAAUGAGAUCACGAUCUGCGGCGGCCUAUGCUCGCGAUGCAUCAGCCGGCCAGCCACCACUGGACAGUGAGUUUGAAGAUCUGCGCCGCGAGGAUGACGAACUACUGGCAGAACUGGAUCGCUACUCCACUCCUGAUCUGUCCCUCAUGUCCAAGCUUGAUCCAUCCGACAUCAGCGAUACCACACUGCUUGAACACUAGAUAAUAGCACCGCUCUUGGCUGCAGAUCAGCUUAUAAGGUUGUAAUUGAAACUUUGACCCAUGACGUCAGGAGAGAAAGAAUGGCCAAAAUAAUUGUAUAUGAGCGUCCUUACAUAGCACACAUUGUUCACCCUCUACUAGGUGUAUGCCCUGGGUGGAAGACUGUCGAGGUUCAAGACAUUAAAAACCACACAUGUACCGGUACGACUUGUAAUGAACACUGGUUAGAAUUGCCAGACCAGGUUAUGCAAACUGAUCAGCCACAAGAUAGUCAACUGCCCUGCUUGUCUUGACCAGCUGCUAAGUAACUGGCUGCCUUGAUCAAGAAAGUUUAUGUCGAGUACGUACUGAAUAGGCGCUUUAGUCUUUGAAGCACAUUUACUUCGAAGUACCACUGUGUACUUGUACAAGAUAUGAUAAUAGGAUAUUCAAUGGCAAUCAAUGCCCUACUA